CUACUUUGGACCCCUAGAUCUGUACGUCUUUGAUCGGCUUCUUUCGAGAUGGUUCACUUCGCGAGUUGGAGGUAUAAAGGGUCCAUGAGUCCCCGGCCUUAGAGCUGAUCACUCGACAACGGCUUGGUUUAAGAAACAGAUCAGCAUUGUUGAUCAUGUCGACCAUGUCGACCUCAGUCGAGCUAAACAAUCUCACGCACAGGCCAGAGGUCCAUCCCGAAUCCAACUAUGAUGUACCCGAACACGAUGGACUCAAUAACCACACACAUUUGCCAGGAGCGUAUCCCGAGCCUACGUCUCCUACGGCACGCACAAAGCACGAUAACCUCCAUCUCGAGGACGUCGGCGGUUCAUCGACACAAGGCUCCGGAUCCGCGAACAAGAUCGAGCUUAGGGAGCAAGACUGUCCAGAAGUCCUCGGCUUCGCCUUCCCGGCACUGAAAAAGUGGAGGAUCAUCGCGGUCAUCUUCGCAGUCCAAGUUUCCAUGAACUUCAAUGCCGGUAUUUAUGGUAACGCCAUCCCUGGUCUCCAAGAGGAGUUUGGACUUUCUGCUCAGGCUGCAAGGGUUGGACAGGCAGUGUUCUUGAUUUGCUAUGCUUUUGGGUGUGAACUGUGGGCACCGUGGUCUGAAGAGUUGGGGAGGAAGCCGAUCCUGCAGUGGAGUUUGGCCUUCGUCAAUCUAUGGCAGAUACCAUGUGCUGUUGCACCGAACUAUGGCACUAUCAUCAUUGCUCGAAUUCUGGGUGGAUUUUCGUCUGCCGGAGGUUCGGUCACGCUGGGUAUGGUUGCUGAUCUCUGGGGCCCGGAUGAGCAGCACUCGGGUCUGAACUUCGUGGUCUUGUCUUCUGUCGGUGGAUCUGUUGUUGGACCCAUUGUUGGUGCCUUCGCACAAGACAAUCUAUCUUGGCACUGGAUCUUCUGGCUUCAACUGAUCUUCGGCGGAGCGGUCCAAGCACUUCAUUUCUUCCUCGUGCCGGAAACUCGGUCGUCUGUUCUCGUCGACCGCGAGGCUAAGCGUCGCCGUAAGGCUGGUGAACCGAACGUCUACGGCCCGGGCGAGUUGAAGCCGAAGUUAACAUUCAAGGAGAUCAUUCGCACUUGGGUGCGCCCAUUCGACAUGUUCAUCAAUGAGCCGAUCGUGCUGUGUCUCUCCCUUCUGUCUGGAUUCGCGGAUGCCUUGAUCUUCACCUUCAUCUCUUCCUAUGGCAUUGUCUAUGCUCGAUGGGGCUUUGGAACAAUCGACGUUGGUCUCGCUUUCAUUGCUCUUCUCGUCGGCUAUCUCCUCGCUUAUUUCUCCAUGUUCUACGUCUUCUCACGGGCAGUGAAGCUGCGCCGGAAUCAUCCCCAGAGGAUCACCCCCGAACAUAGGCUGUGGUGGCUCUUAUGGACUGUUUAUCUUUUGCCCGCCGGAUUGUUCGGGUUUGCAUGGUCUUGUAGGGGUCCGGAGUAUAAUCACUGGAUUGUCCCCAUGAUUUUCUCGGUGGUUAUCGCUAUCGCGAACUUCACGAUUUACAUGACGACGAUCGACUACAUGACUGCCGCUUACGGUCCUUACGCUGCUUCGGCCACCGGUGGUAACGGCUUCGCUCGUGACUUCCUUGCGGGUAUCGCUGUCAUGUACUCCACCCCUCUCUACACCAACGUCGGCUCUUACCCCAACAAUGUCGCUUGGGCCACUAUGAUCUUGGCGUUUAUCUCGAUUUGCGUCAGUGUUCCGGUGUAUGUCUUUUACUGGAAAGGCCCGCAGAUCCGUGCUGCGUCGAAGUUUGCUCAGAAGAUUGCGAAUGCGAGGGAGGAGAAUGAGGGGAGGAUCGCUACGCUUGGUAACAAGGCGGAGGCAGGGCAUUUGGAGAACGCUGACCCACAGGUGUAA